AUGGCUCCUAACAUAACCUCAGUUCCCACCGGGGUAUUGUCUGAACAGGAUGACGAAGUCUCCAUGCCGGAAGUUCCACCGGAAGUAAGUCAACCGGACAACCGUAAAUUGGAACUUGUGUGGAGGAAUAUAAUCUUAUUUGCCUAUUUCCAUGCUGUUGCUCUUUAUGGCGUUUACUUAAUGUUGGUAUCGGCAAAAUUAGCCACAACUGUGUUUGGUUUCUUUUUGUACCAAUGCGGUGGUUUGGGGGUUACAGCAGGUGCUCACAGACUUUGGGCUCAUCGUUCAUAUAAAGCUAAAUGGCCAUUAAAAUUAAUUCUCACUCUUUUUAAUUCAUUAGCUUUUGAAAACUCUGUUAUUGAGUGGUCACGCGACCACAGAGUCCACCACAAAUUUAGUGAAACCGAUGCAGACCCUCACAAUGCAAAGCGUGGAUUCUUUUUUUCUCAUAUUGGAUGGCUCUUAUGCAAAAAGCAUCCAGAAGUAAAGAAUAAAGGCAAAGGUUUAGAUAUUUCAGACUUAUACGCCGACCCUAUUUUGUUCGCCCAGGAUAAAUAUUAUCUUAUUGUAAUGCCUCUGUGUUGCUUUAUAUUGCCUGUAAUGAUUCCCAUGUACUUUUGGAAUGAAACUUUUAUUAAUUCCUUCUCUUUAAACAUGUUGAGAUACAUUAUAACAUUGAAUGCCACUUGGUUGGUUAAUUCUGCUGCCCAUUUGUACGGACACAAACCUUAUGACAAAUAUAUUAAUCCAGCUGAAAAUAAGAUGGUUUCUAUUUUUGCUCUUGGUGAAGGAUGGCACAACUAUCACCACACCUUUCCAUGGGACUACAAAACUUCUGAAUUGGGUAAAUACAGUACAAACUUCUCUGCAGCUUUUAUAGACUUUUUUGCCAAAAUCGGUUGGGCUUACGAUUUAAAAACUGUUUCUCCUGAAAUGAUCAAGAAGCGUGUACAAAGAACUGGUGAUGGUUCACAUGAAAUUUGGGGAUGGGGUGACAAGGACCAAUCCAAGGAAGACUAUAGAGAUGCUACCAUAAUGUACAAAAAGAAUUACUGA